AUGACUGUCGACGAUUUACAGAUAAUUCUUGUCCGCCAUGGGCAAACGGACUGUAAUAAACAACACAUCUUACAGGGCCAUUUAGAUUCACCUCUUAAUGAAAUCGGUCAACUUCAAGCAUCUGCAGCUGGAAAAAGACUUGACGAAGACGGGGUUGUCCUCGAUGCUGUUUGGUCAAGCGAUCUUACGAGAUGCAAGGAAACAACCAGACUAAUCUUGGCACAAAAUGAGACACAUAGCAAAUUGGAAAUUGUAUUCCAGCAAGAACUAAGAGAAAGAGCAAUGGGUGAGAUCGAAGGCAUGUCAAUCACAGACGCCCGAGAGAAGGCAUUGAGGGAAGGCAAAACUUUCCAUGACUACGGUGAACCCAAACAGGUAUCGGUACGAAGACUCAAUGCUGCUUUUGAUAAAAUUGUUGAUGAAAGUAUUGCCAAGCAGCACAAAACAGUUUUAGUUGUAUCACAUGGUGGUGAGUAUAUCUAA